CUCUGUACAUUGCAAAGGGCUUUACAAAUGGAAGGCAUCAGAAAAUUUACUACUGUUACUAGUAGUGCUUUGCACUUGACAACUUAUGUAUUUGAACAGAGCUACAGAUAUAGGCAGUUUCUAAAGACUAAAAUUUUUCACUGUCCCACAGGAGCACCCUUAUCAGGAUUUAAUAUCUGGAGAUUUUUUCCAGAUGUCAAAAAAGGCAGGUUUAGGACAGGUCUGGUUUAAUUUGUAGGUUGGCACAUAGACUCCAGGAACGAUGCGGCGGACCCUUUAAGUAUUGGGAUGGAAGGGCGGAGCCGUCGUCAGGGACGCGACUGGGCCGCUGGGUUUCCAGGAAGUGACGUCAGGCGGCCGCAGAGAUGGAGGACGUGCUGGACCUAGGCGAGGAGCGGCGUCGCAGCUCGGCCAUCUCCGGAGCCAAGAUGGGGCGCCGAGCUCAACAGGAGUCAGCUCAAGCCGAGAAUCAUCUCACUGGCAAGAAUUCCUCUUCGACUCUGACUGCAGAGGCUCCCCCUCCCAAGCCACCCCGCCGGCAAGGAGGCUGGGCAGAUGAGUCCAUGAAGGCUUCCAAGUCAGGAAGGAGGGCUUCUGAAGAAAUAGAAGAUCACCGCCUCAGACAGCAGAGCCUGGAUGGAUCAGAUGAUGGAGGAGAUAUUCCUGUUAUUCCAGACCUAGAAGAAGUACAGGAGGAAGACUUUGUUUUGCAGGUGGCGGCCCCUCCCAGCAUCCAGGUCAACCGGGUGAUGACCUACCGUGACCUGGACAAUGACCUCAUGAAGUACGCAGCCUUUCAGACCCUGGAUGGAGAGAUCGACCUGAAGCUCCUCACCAAAGUCCUGGCGCCGGAGCAUGAGAUUCGAGAGACACCUUUAUGUUCCAACCAGCGUUGUCGCCCACCCAAGUCUUCAGGGGGCCUCCCAAGAAGAUGGCCCAAGAGGGAUGAUAGAAUGGACGAGCUUCGACAGAUGGGAGAUCCAAGACCCAGAAAGGCUAAGUGACUCACUCAGGAUCACACAGCUAGCAUGUGGCAGGGCCAGGAUUCAAAGCCAG